GUUUUAAUCAUUUGAGUCUGAGUAAAGAUGAAGAUGAUGAACAUUAUCUUCUGCCUGUCUGUCUUUGUUCUGGGCUGUAACUUUGCUGCAGCAAUUAUCCAUGAAAUUAUUAAUGAGAAGAACCCAGUCAUUCUGCGCUGUCCUGGCUCUGUGGAGGGGACAGUGAUGUGGAGCAGAGUGAGGAAUGGAGUCAAAACAGACAUUAUUACAAUUUAUAAUGAUGUGGAGACAAAACACAUUUCUGACCCGUAUAAAUGUUAUAGUACAUUAACAGAUAAAUCUCUACGGAUUCAGAAGGUUAAGCUCUCAGACUCUGGAAGAUACUUCUGUAACAAUGAAGCAGUCGUGGAUCUGACCGUGAUUCCAUCAGGAAUAAACAUACUCAACACAGAGAGGACCAGUGUCACUCUGACAUGCCCUCCUGAUGUUGGAGGUUCAGAUGAUCCUAAAUGGAGCACAGAUGCUGGAGAAAUACCAACACAAAGAAGGAUUCAGACUUUGAACAAGGCAUUGAUUAUAACAGAGCUGCAGCGUUCUGACUCAGGACUUUACUACUGUGAUGGAAAACCAGCCGUGUACCUGAACGUGAUCAGAGAGGAUCAGUCUGACAGAGAGGGAAAUGAGGCUGAAACCACUAAGACCUCAGCACCAGCAGCAACAUCAGCUACACCGACAACAACAAAGAAACAAAAGCCAAAGAAGAAGUCCAGAAAAGAGAAUGACAAGAAUCUCACAGCUCCUCCUCCAGAUGAUUCCUCUCUGUGUCCAAUGUCCAUUCGUCUUGGAUUUGGGAUUCUCUAUUUAAUCAUCAUGAUCAGCAUCACUGCAUCCACAUGGAGAAAAGCUCGUCAGAUUGAGAGACGAUGCGCAGCAGGAAGACACAAAGCCCUGAUCCUCUCAGAAAUCAGAGCAGAACAUCAUACUUCUGCAAAACCCAUGAUAUAAUCCUGCAGCUAUUAUUUCACUGCUUGCUGUGAUGCAACAGUUUGUGCUGAACUUCUCCUUCCAGAUUUAUGAGGGACUGUAGCUGAAACCAUCUCAGCCUGGUAGCAGAUAAAAAAGCUUAGCUUGUUGUCUGGAUGGGAUCAUAUGUUGCUCUAAAUCCUCUCUCUACUUUUCAGCACUGAUAGUUCCUAUCCAGAUGUUAUAGCUGCCCACACCAUAGGCACUAAUGCAGCCCCAU